UGCCAGAAAUCCAUAUCAGUGUCCCCAGAUUUUUCACACAAUUGACAACUGAGUCUUGAAGAAUUUUGAUUUCGUUCUUUACUAAAAUGUUGCACAUUAUUGAACAUGCCUUUGUCUCUAGCACCAAAACUACCUCUUGAGUUGUAGCCUCGGCUAAAACCUCUUCCAAGAUUUCUAUUUUCAUAGCUUUCACUGUUAUUGUCAUAUCUUCUUUGAUUGGAAGUUUGUGCUAGAUAUGUUUAAAUUGGAUCUAUCUUCUUGAAUUUUUUAAACCACUCUUCUUGAGUAAGCAAGAGAGCUUCUAGGGUUUUUACUGAAAUUGAAUUAUCCCUUGCAUUAAUAGAUGUGAUGAACAAAUAGUACUCUUCAGGAAACCCUUCUAGAAUUGCUUCAACAUGUGUGGCAUUAUCCUUGGAGCUCCACCAAAAUUAAUGAACCCAUUGUUUUCUUGUUCUCAAGCAAAUAUUCAUUCAUUGAACUUGCUUUUUUGGUGAUGCAAAGCUUGCUCCUUAGCUAUCUAAUCUUGGCUUUGGUUUGAGAAGCAAAGAAAACUUGCAACCUUCCCCAUAUGUCAUGAGAAAAUGCACACCCAACCAUUCUUGCUGUAAAAAAAUCACUCAUAGACGCUAAUAGACAUGAUUUCAACAAGAAAUUCAAAUAAUUGAAAGUGGAAGAGGUUGUCAUCACUUCAAAUAUUAUUAUUUUAGUGAAUCAAAAUGGGGAUUCAGUUCUCCAGCCUCGUGCCGUGCUGCGUAAAUUCACAAGUUAAGGCAUCUGUUAUUGAAGUUCCGCAUACUGGAAAUGAAGAUAGAAGUGAAGCCGAUAAUGGGCCUGCAUUUUGUGAAUUUACAUUUGAGCAACUUAAGAAUGCGACAUCCGGUUUCUCUGUUCAGAAUAUAGUAUCUGAACAUGGAGAGAAGGCUCCAAAUGUUGUGUAUAAAGGGAAGUUGGAGAAUCAAAUGAGGAUUGCUGUUAAGAGGUUCAAUAGGAAUGCUUGGCCCGAUUCUCGGCAGUUUUUGGAGGAAGCUAGAUCUGUUGGCCAGCUUCGUCACCAAAGAUUGGCGAAUUUGCUUGGUUGUUGUUGUGAAGGCGAAGAGAGGUUGCUUGUGGCCGAAUACAUGCCCAACGAAACACUCGCGAAACACCUUUUCCAUUGGGAAACUCAACCGAUGAAAUGGCCAAUGCGACUGAGAGUUGUUCUACAUCUUGCAGAAGCUCUGGAAUACUGCACGAGCAAAGGACGUGCGCUCUAUCAUGACCUUAAUGCAUAUAGAGUUCUAUUUGACGAGGAUGGUAAUCCUAGGCUUUCAACUUUUGGCCUUAUGAAGAAUAGUAGGGAUGGGAAAAGUUAUAGCACAAAUUUAGCAUUUACCCCUCCUGAGUAUCUCAGAACUGGUAGAGUAACACCAGAAAGUGUAAUAUAUAGCUUUGGAACUCUUUUGCUUGACAUUCUCAGUGGGAAGCAUAUCCCUCCAAGUCAUGCUCUUGAUUUGAUUCGAGACAGAAAUCUUCAGAUGCUGACGGAUUCUUGCUUGGAAGGACAGUUUUCUGAUGAUGAUGGAACCGAGUUGGUGCGCUGGGCAUCUCGAUGUUUACAGUACGAACCAAGAGAGAGGCCUAAUCCGAAGUCAUUAGUGGCUGCUUUGGCCCCUCUUCAGAAAGAGACAGAGGUUCCUUCACAUGAAUUGAUGGGUAUCCCGCAUGGUUCCACUUUAGCUUCAUUGUCUCCGCUUGGUGAAGCUUGUUCAAGAAAGGACCUGACUGCCAUUCAUGAAGUUUUGGAAAAACUUGGCUAUAAAGAUGAUGAGGGAAUUGCAAAUGAGUUAUCUUUCCAGAUGUGGACUGAUCAAAUGCAGGACAUGCUAAAUUGUAAGAAAAAAGGAGAUGCGGCUUUCCGGCAGAAAGAUUUUAGACUUGCAAUUGAGUUCUAUACACAGUUCAUUGAUGCUGGAACAAUGGUUUCUCCGACGGUACAUGCGCGCCGCAGUUUAUGUUAUCUUAUGAGCGAAAUGCCGCAGGAAGCGCUAGGCGAUGCAAUGCAAGCGCAAGUGAUUUCCCCUUUGUGGCACAUUGCAUCUUAUCUUCAGUAUGUUUCAUUGGGUGGACUUGGAAUGGAGCAUGAAGCACAAGUAGCACUCAAAGAGGGAACAACAUUGGAAGCCAAAAGGAGUGGACAAAAAUAAAGAGUGUGUGUUUUGUACAUAACACAGUUUCAUUGCAAUGGUUAUACUUAUACACAUAUAAUUAUCAUGUAUUAUUCAAGAAACAAAUGAUUGGAUGAUUAGUGUAAUUGGUGAUUGAACACCCCUACCCCUUUUUAUUGGGUAGGCUUGGAUGUUGGUUAAGUUCUUAUCCAUGAUUUGAUUUGAUUAA